CUAUAUGAAUUCAGGUGAGCUCUCGAAAGGCUUUAAACGAUCUUCGUGGAUAGAUAUGCAGCUUUUUGGAUCCUCGUAUCUUUCCAGCACGUCUGGUUGUAGCCUUCUCCUUGUUUACUGGCUUUCUCUCUGGGUAACCUGAGAUGUUCUACUUUUGGUCACACUGACCCUUGGGCUAAGACAUGGUAGGGGGUAUGAGAACUCGGCCAUUCUUGACGAUACCACCGUUGCGAUAUCGGAUUUAGUUGAGGGAAACCUUGAGAGCACUUGGAUCAUUCUCCCCCUUGAUCCACCCUCCAGGCCUCCUUUAUCCACAUGCCACUUUUUUUAUCAUUCAAAAUCUACAAAUACAAUACAUAAGUGUACAUAAUAAUCACCAACUCCCCUGUCGUACGGUGUUGUUGAGGCACACCUACAUUUGCGAUCAUCACUUACCUGUCAGAUAAGUCAGCUGGGUGGUCCUCGGUAGACAGUGACUGAAGAAGUUAGUUUGUCCUCAUCAAUUUUUUCUCCAAGCUUAAAACCCCCCCUCUUCUCACGCCCGGCGGUCACACGACACCAGCCAAGCUCGGAUUGACACAACAGUUCCCUCAUCAAUUAAACCAAUUUCCUACCUCGUCUAAUACAUUAGGGCUUUCUAUACAAAGCUUCCUUUCUGUCAUUCAGGGCCUUUCUCUAAGUUCUGUAGAGGAGUUUUUUCCCCUGUUCAAACACUCCUCAACCCUCUUCUCUUUUCCGAUUUCUCUUUAAACUAUCAAGCUAUGGUAGCGUUUGCCCAACCACCGAUGAGAAAGGCUCAUCAGAAGCUCUCAUUUUCCCCUGGAAGCCAUCGACCAACCGAACCUUCCUCAGGACCGCCUCUUUCUAUGAAUGCCUCCAAACUUGACAAGCUGAAGAAACUUUGGGACCGUCGUCCGAAAUUCGCUGGCCCUAACGGCGGCGGCAACACCACCGUAACUGUGGCUUCACUCACUCUGCCCUACUCCUUGAGCUCCAAAUCGAAGAAUAAGAAGCAGAGUCGCCGUACGACUAUUGGAACCGAGAAGAUUGGACUUCCCCACGACUUUAUUCAUUCAAAACAUGUUGGGAUUCACGACGUCAGGGAAAUAGCCUAUCAACCUCGCCACUCAAUGGGUGCAGUUGAUAUGUUAGACUCUGCGGGAUUGAGGUCGUCUCUCUAUCGCUUGACCGACUCGGAACCCGAGUCCCAAUCAGAGGAAGAAAAAACGCCGGCCGCAGUCACCCAACGCAGAUCCCCCCAGGAGCGCCGCUCACUCGGCUGCCCAGGUCCUCAAGUUCCUCCUUCACCUCGCUCAAACAAAGUCAAGCGGAAAUCAGUCCCCAUUCACAUUCUCCAAGACGUCCCGGAAUCGCCUCCGCAACUGCCUAGCGCUGAUCGUCCCGGGGAAGCUGCUCAGGGACGCUACCGAUUCUCGUGUUUGUCGAUUGAGGAAUCCGUUAAGGAGUUGAUUAAUUACGCUCAACCUGAGUCCUUGGUCGAUGAACAAGGAAGACCACUUCACAUGGUUGGAGGAGAGUACAUGACCCAAACAAUGAAAGGAAAAUGGGACAACAAGAUGGCAGAAAUUGCUCAAACUUUGAAAUCAGAAGCUUCUUGACAUAAUCUGUAUUCCCCCCCCCCUUUUUUUUUCCACUUGUCUGUAAUUACCCCUCUAGUAGGCUUAUUACUUUCGAAAGCAAGAACCACUUUUUUCAGCUUCUUCAUUUACUUAUUUUCUAGGAUUGUUCUUGCUUGUCGACUUAAUCCGUUUCUCAAUUUGUUUAUGUACAAUAUUUAUAAGCCUUAUUAGUUCUAAGUUUAAUUGUAAAACUCUUAUCUCUUGGAUCUCGUAUGUCACACGACCAUCGACUUUAUUUAUUAUUUUAUUUUUUUCAUGACUCUCUUUGAGAUAUCUCUUAUACAUGAUUAGCUUUUAAUAUGAUGUUCAAUUAAAUACUUGAUCUUUCGAAAUUAUAUGCUCCCACUGCCCUCAAGUGUCUUUCACUUAGGCGAGUCCCC